UUGUAAUUUUAGAUUUCCCCCUUCGUUGCCAGGAGAUUACCAGAUCCUCCGAUGAAUCGCUCUCCCGCGCGUGUCUAUCAUUUCGAGAUGCCAAUGAGAACAACGUGUUUUUCACGUGUUAAGGCGUUAAUUAAUAAUCGGCAAGUUCGCUCGCCGGUCAUUCGCCGAACGUUGACGCGUAGAAUUCUCGGCGCUAUUCUCAGAGAUCGACACGUCUGUGCUUUUUCUAUUGUCGGCGAGAAUUAUCUACUAGUAUCGUUGGAGUUCGUUGGUAACGCGUGAACAAAUGUCCCUGAAAAUUAGCACCUCACAACGUCGCUCUCUUUGCGUGCGAGGGUCAAUCACCUUGAGCUGAGUUAACGAAUCAGAAAUAGAUCGGAAACUAUACGUAAUUUCAAGUUUGAGUAAACACAAGCCAGACACUAACGGAAAGUUCCCCGAGACCGAUCGUCUGACUGACAACUUGUUCUUGUCGCUGCUGGAAACUCGAAAAUUCUCUCUUCGCGAUCUAUUUAUCCGGCGGCUCGACCGCGAGGCUCUCUCGAUGGCGAAUAUGGCGAGCUACGUUUGAACGGGAUAUCUCUCGAUCACUCCGCGAUCUCUCGGUCACUCCGGUGGUAAGCGCUGCUUAGUGCUUUUAAGGUAAUGUCUGACCGUGUUAUCCUACAAGGCGUCCCAAUCAACCUUCGCCCGAUUCGACACAUAUCAGGUACGCACACAUGCGCGCGCGUGCGGACACACUACUAAAGCAUCGCCGAUAAACCAAAUAUCUCGGCUCCCGAUUUACUUACGUCAUCAUCAUAGUUGGGCGUCGCUGGAAAAAGAAGGAUAAUUUUAUUUCACUGCUUCACGAACAAUCAACCCGUGCGCUUCCCAAAGUCUCGUGAGUCUCCAAGAAGGAAUCCGGACGUCAUGAUUGCGGGACCACCUCCACCACCGCCACCUCCGCCUCCAAUGUCUGGUCAACUGCCAGCUAUGAGAAUUAACACCGCCGAGAGCGCAGCGACGAAGAGGCCGCAAAUGAGCAGUAACGAUGCCUACGAGCCGCCGGCGGCCAUCCAGAAUGCGAUGCUGACGAAGGAUAAGAAGCCUUUUACCUACACGCCAGGUAUGGGCGGCAAGUUGGACCUCUCGCAGAUCCGCAGUCCGCGAAUGGCCAGGAGAGUGGCGAAAAAUGCCAAUGACGAAGGCAUCGAGGGGCCGCCGAAGUCCGCCCUCGAGCCGAAGCCGUCGGCCGCAGCUUCUACCGCGCCGAAUCCCUUCGUGCAGCCGCAGGUGGCGAUACCCGUUUUCCCCACCAACGUCCCACCGCAGCCCCAGGUCAACAGGGUGUCCCAGCCGACCGCGGUCAACAGGAUGCCGUCGAAUGUUGCGGACAAGCAAGCGGAAGCGCCGAAGAGUGUCGCGAAGAUCGACACGAAGCUCGUGCCGAUCACGGUAACGUCGAGCCAGUCGAGCAGCCCUGACAGCCCGAACACUCCGACGCAAAUCACUCUGGCCAAGGCCCCGACGCCUUGGCUUCAAAAUAAGAACAAGCCUUCGGAAGAAUUGCCCGAGUGGGCGAAACGGCCGAACGUCAAUAAAGCGGCUACCAGCCCGCCGGAGCGCUCGGCGUCCCCGACGUCCCCGGUUUACGUCCAGGUGCAGCCUCAACCGCGACAGUCGCCUCCACAGGGGCCGCAGCAGAAGGAAUUUGAGCAGCAGCACCAACCUCCUCCGUUGCAGUACCAACAACAGAAGCAGCCGCCCCAGCAGAUCCAGUCACCGUGGCAGCAGCAGCAGCAGCAGCAGCAGCAGCAGCAGAAGCAGAACACCGAGGUGCCUCAACGAACGAAUCAGCACGAACGCAUCAUACCUAUUCGAAUCGAAGACAGACCAUCGGUAUUCGAUGCGAAACGCGAGUCUGGCCACCAUCAGUUCAAACAGCCCCCGACCCUGCACCAUCAGCAACGGUGGGGUCAGGCAUCCGCGCAACAGUCAGAGACCCAGACGCAGCCUCGGCCGCAGGAUCAAGAGCAGCCGCAGACUCACGUCGUAGUCUUGUCCCGACCGGAGCAAACGGUCGGCACCUACAUAAUCCCCAUCGUAGUGGAGGGUAGCGACAAGAAGACGCCGCAGUCGAAUGCAGUCGAAGCAAGUAACGCGGCUGGAAGAGGUCCUAAGGUUGUGCAGCAGAGAGCUCCAGUCUCUGCUCAGCAGCACGAAACCGGCCCGGUCCAGUCGCGAUCGUUCCGUGUUCUGCAGAAGAUUACGGACACCGAUGCACCCAACGACGUGGGUACAGAUCAGAUUCGCAGGAUGGAGCUGAGCGAAGACGAGAGGGUGCUUAUGAAUAGGUUCAAGGAGCAAGUCGACCAGGAGACUUAUCUUCAUCAAGAGGAGGACCCGAGAUAUCGCGGUGCGGCGAUACCUUCACGUGCUUUCCGCUUUUUACAAAACAUGACGGACUCGACCGACAAUUCGGUCACUUGCGCAGCGCCACGUAACGCACAGAAUGUCGCGAGUAAGAAGCAAAACAGAAAUUCGAAAUCCUUCGAGGAGACGCAGGCGAACCUGCCGCCGAGCGAGCAACAGGUUCAGGAGCCGAAGAAGUACAUGGGUAGCGCCAUACCCUCUCGAUCCUUUAGGAUAUUACAAGCGAUGACAGCGCCAGAAAGUAUCGCCACGCAAGAAAAUCGCCAAGCGGAUUACACCCGCCGAACAGAGAAUAACUUGCCGGGCAAUCAGCAGGGUGUAUUUCUCCCUCCUCAUCCUCCCGCACCCGUUCCCCUCUGGUAUCCCGAGGGUUGGUGGGGCUAUUAUCCCGCGGUGCAGUAUAGCGCCGCGCCGUUCAGUGAAGCCGCCGGCGAGACGAAUAAACAUUCCUUUCCUCUUUACGCGUGUCCGGACGGAAACAUAUACGUCGCAUACGAGCCCUUUUGUCCGCCUUACGAUCCGAAGGACCUCGCGGAUCUUGCACGGGUGAAAGCGACGCGGCCGUCGUCGAUCGGCUGGGACGGUCACACGCCGAAGGCUCAGCCGAAGGAGCGCAACGGUCAGCGUCCACGAUCGCACACAGACGAUCAGCAGGAUCGUCUCACCGCGAGCGGCUUGUCCUUCGCGUGGGAGGACGAACGCCUCGCGAGGAGCGACCUGGGCCUCGACCACCAGUUGCCUGAUACCGUCUUGCCCGAGGAAAUCAAUCACUUGGACGCACAGUCGGCUGGCGCGCACGGCCCCAGGUGUCAGCAACGAGGAGGAGGCGACGGCGACAGGAACGGCAUCGUCAUGGCGAUGAAUAUAAUCGGCGAGGAGAACCGCCCGGACAGCCGCGGGAACGCGGAGGCGACGACCUCUUCGGCUUCCGGCAAGGCCGAGCCGACGCUGGAGAAGACCUUCGGCCUGCACAUCAACGUGCCGAAUUACACGUACGUGGACACGAGCGACUCCAGCGACUCCAGCGACGACUCCAGCAACGAGUCCUCCACGUCCGACAAUGAGCAACUCUCCGGCUCACGACGGAAAGGCUCCAGCCUGCGCAGCGAUGACACGACGUCCUCCAACAACACGUCCUCCGACAGCGACUCGGACUCCUACGUGGCGUACUCGACGGGCCUGAACCCGUGUGAGAAACCGCACGACAAGGAAAUCGAAAGGCGCUCCGGGUUCCCCGAGGACAAUCGUGAAGGAUGCUCCAGCAGCGCGGAAAAUCGUCGAUAUUCGGCAGACGACUCGGAGAACGCGGGCAAAGCGCGUUUUAGGAUGAAUCGUCCUCAGCACUCAGCUGAUUCCGACUCUCGCGGCGCACUCGAGCAGGAUACCAACGCAGGAUACAACGGAAAGCAGCCGGACGAAGCUCGAGGACGAAGCCAGGACUUGGUCGAUUCUUCCAGCGACGAGGCGAGCUUCAGCGGUCGCGACUCGACCACGAAGCAGGCGACGACGGAUGACGUGGGUCUUCGUCAGUCGACCGUCGUCGACGACGACGUGAGACGACAGGAUGAGAGUCCUUGCUACGAGAGUAGAAACAACGGGCAACAGGAUGUCGCUUUUGAGGCGACCGACGAUCCUCCUGACGACUCCGAAGCUACGAUGGUCAGCGUGAGCUUGCCCCUGAGAUUCAAGUUCUUCGUGUCCGAGAACAACGAGGACGUGACCACAGUGAUAGUCGGCGACAGCAAGAUCAGGGCGGAGAGGACUCGCGACACGAAGAGCAGACGCUCAGCGGGGGAGACGCUCAAGGUGGAUGACGACAACGUGAGCGUCGACUUCCACGUCGGCAACGACACCAGCGUGGACUUCACGAUUAAAAAACAUGCAAACGACACGAGUUCGAGUAUCGAAGAGGCGAUACCGCAAGUGAACUUUACUCUGAGGAAGGACUCGUCGAGGACCUAUGAGAGCAACAGUGAGGAACACGCGGUUAUGGUGACGGAACGCGACGACGACGGCCACAUCAUCGCCGAGUUGACGACUCCUGCGCGGGACGUCCUGGCGACGGACGAACGAUACGUCGACGUCGACGGUUCCGUCCACAACAACCUCCAGCCUGCGAGAUUCCUCGCAGCGUCUGAGUCCUCGUCGACGCAGGACGAUCUUGAGCCACCGCAGGUCCAGGUGGUCGACACGUCAGACAAGGAUUGCGGAAACGAAGCGAUUGAAGAGAACGGUAAGAUACGAACGCGUGACGACGACAAUGAGGAGGAGGAGGAGGAGGAGGAGGAGGAGGAGGAGGAGGAAGACCAACACCUCGAGCCGGAAGUCAAGCAGACGACGACGACGAUCGAGACGAAGCGUCUGCUGAGCGUGCAGAAUUCUCGCGAAGACACCGACGAAGACGAGGAUAGCGGCGUGACCUCUGACCUGAGCCGCAUGAUAUCCGAGGUCGAUACAGACUCGGAAUGCGCGUCCUCCAAGAACUCGAAGAAGUACCAACGCACGCAGACGCACUCGCGGCUCUUUCGGCUGCUGAACGACUCUGUCCAAGAGGCCGCCGAGCGCAAAGUGCUCGAGCCCUCCUGCAGGAAGGAGUACCUCAGUCUGCCGCUAAACACGAGCAACAGCGUUUUCAACUACGACGACAGCUACUGCUCCAAUUACUCGAGCGGCCUUACCUCGCCCGAGUACUCGCCCAUUCACGAGCAGUCCUGGCGGCGGUUCCACGACGCGACGAGCCUGACGAACGGCGGCAACAUCGACCACCCGUCGGCUGGGCAAUCAGACCAGGUCACGGCUCCAGCACCCCAGAAGGACGACCCGUACUUCCGCACGUGGAAGAACCCGAGGCCGUUCGGCCUGCACGACGGCCUGCACGACGUGGUGCCUUCGCUCGCCCACAAGAUCCUCGACAGCAGGAUGCCCACUUGGGCGUACAAGGUGAACGUGCUCUGUCCGAGGAUCAAGAGCACCAAGAGCGUGCCGCGCGCCCUGAGCGGGGCGGCGCGCAGCCCUCGGGAUGCGCUGUGCUCGCAGAAGCCCGGCAAGAUGAGCGAUCCACCGGCGAUGGUCCCUCCUAUCCCGCCGACAUCCUGCGCGAAUGCUAACGCCGACUAUUGCUGACGUGCCAGCGCAGAAUGAGACCCCGUGUGUUUGGCCGCGAGCGACGACCGCUCCCCACGAUCCACGGACGUACCUUUUCUCUCGAUUCGCAAGAAACAGCGGGCUGAGUGCGAGAGAGCCCGGACUGCUACCGGGCUACGUGAUUUUUUUUCUAUCGAUCCCGACGCAACCGAUUAUUGAGGGAGGACGGAUGGGAUCCUCCUUAGGGAAAGCCAAAUUGUUAGUGUGCUUUUUUUUCUAUUUUUCUUUACGCAUUGAUAAUUCACCAGUGCUCGUCCGUGUUGCGCCUUGCCGAUCCUCCAGCGAGACGAAAAGAAAAGAAAGAAAAGAGAAAAGAGCCGAGGAUUCCUUCAGAGAGAAUUGCGAAUUGACGAUGAGAUGUAAACUCGUGAGACAUUUUUACACUGCCGUCGAAGACAAUCUCCAAACCUGUCCCGUAUCGUCCGCUUGCGUUGUUUCUACCGACGAGAGAAACUGCAUCGCGGUCGGUGACACAAAAACGUCUUGCUAAUUCGCUCGAGCACGAAUCUGAAAUUUCACACGACUUGUGACUGUCGUCUGAUAGAAUCUGAGGGUCGAAUAGUGUCUCUCGUGCUGGAGGUUGGUCGUAUCGUCGAUGUGUCGCAAUAUCUUGAGCAAAAACAUGUGGUUUGUUUUCUUGAUUUAAGAUCGAUGGUUCGCCAUGAGAAAAAUUGUAACGCUCUUUUUAAGAAUAUUAAUCAUUACUCGAGGAUAUCUAUAUGUAAAUUAAAGGUAAUCCUGAAUUUGUCACUGUGCUACUUAUACGCAAAUAUAUAUAUAUAUAUAUAUCCAAGUUGUAUAAUAAAUUAUUUGUAAAGUUGAAACUGUGCUUUUCGGCGUGUUAUCUUCCAUUAUUGGCGAGAAAGCGCGAGAUGCUGCUUCGAAGUAACAUAAAAAGGAAAUUUACGAUGUAAACUUGAUUGUGAAAUUAUGUUUCAGUGUGAUCAACGCCCUACUCUCUCGCAUAACGAAUCCGCUUAAUAUACGAAUUAUAUAAUGCAUAUGUACAGUUUGCGACCGCUAUUCUUAGGUAUUCGAAGAUAUGGUACACGAUAAGUAUAUGUGCGUGAUGUGUGGCGAGUAGACCUCAGAGCGUGAUGUAUGUGCGUUUGUGAUGCAUAAUGUACGCGAUGAUCGUCCAGAGGACCACAACCCAAAUCGACUCGAUGAAGCACAAAGCGCGGCUGUCCAUCUCGCCGAUCCGCCAGUGGAACGGGAAGAUUUGGUAA